UCGGUCGACAUCGGCAUCUUCAAGCGCAAGAAGAAGCCCAUCACGAUGGUCACGGCCUACGACUACCCCUCGGCGGUGCACGUGGACUUGGCGGGCUUCGACGUCCUGCUGGUCGGAGACUCGCUGGGCAUGGUGGAGCUGGGUCUGGACACGACACUCGCCGUGACGUUGGAAGAUAUGAUCCACCACACUAAAGCGGUGAAGCGUGGCGCAACCCGCCCGCUGGUGAUCACGGGCAUGCCGUUCGGUACGUGCGAGGGAACGCCGUUCGAAGCGCUUAAGAAUGCACAGCGGGUGUUAAAGGAAGGCGGUGCUGAUUGUGUGAAGAUCGAAGGAGGCAAGGAGCGAGCCGAAACGAUCAAGACCAUCGUCGAUGGAGGUAUCGCUGCCAUGGGCCACAUCGGCCUCCGUCCGCAGCACAUUAGCGUGUUGGGAGGCUUCCGCGCACAGGGACGCACAGCCGCUCAAGCGCGGAUGAUCAUUGAGGACGCGCUGGCAGUGCAGAAGGCUGGUGCGUUUGCUGUCGUCCUAGAGUGCGUCCCAUCCGCGGUCGCCAAGGCCGUGACGGAGCUGCUCAAGAUCCCGACCAUCGGCAUCGGCGCCGGCCCCGAGACGGAUGGCCAAGUGCUGGUCUUCCACGACCUGCUGGGGAUGCUGCAGCACCCGCACCACGCCCAGUUCGUCCCCAAGUUCUGCAAGCGGUACGCGGACGUCGGUGAGCAGAUCCGCAUUGGGCUCGAGAACUACCGCGAUGACGUUGAGAGCGGCCGAUUCUCAAGCGAGGCGUACUCUCCGUACAAGAUGUCGAAAGAGGAGACCCAGAAGCUGCACGACAUGGUCGCCAACGAAUUCAGCGAGAAGUCUGGGGAAGAAACCGACGACGCGGCGGCACAUUCGGAAGUCACGAAGGUCUACUAAGGCCCACAUGUACUUAGCUCUCGAGACGCACGAGCAGGUGAGACACGUUUGUUAGUGCGAUCUACUUGCUCGACUCGUUUAGAAAUACAC